AUGACCAGCAGGUCAGAGCAGGUCGGUGUGAGUCAUGGAGGUGAAGAGAAUGGGAGAAUCAAGGGACGUGGUGAGCUUGUCUACACUCCCCAGCUUAGUGUCAGGGCAACCCAGCCUAGACUAGUCAGCUAUACCUCCCCCAAGACCCAGCAGGUGUCCUUCAUCCAUCCCCCAAGACCCCAGGUGUCCUUCACCAUCCCCCAAGACCAGCAGUGUCCUCACCAUCCAGACCCAGCAGUGUCCUUCAUCCAUCCACCCCAAGACCCAGCAGGUGUCCUUCAUCCAUCCCCCCCCAAGCCCCAGGAGUGUCCUUCAUCCACCCCCCAAGCCCCAGCGAUUCCUUCAUCCCCCCAAGCCCCAGCAGUGUCCUUCACCCCCAAGCCCCAGCAGUGUCCUUCCCCCCAAGACCCAGCAGAGUGUCCUUCAUCCAUCCCCCCAAGACCCAGCAGUGUCCUUUCCCAAAGCCCCAGCGUGUCCCACCCCCAAGACCCAGCAGUGUCCUUCAUCAUCCCCCAAGACCCAGCAGAGUGUCCUUCAUCCCAAAGCCCCAGCUGUCCAUCCAUCCCCAAGACCCAGCGGUGUCCCAUCCAUCCCCCAAGACCCAGCAGUGUCCUUCAUCCAUCCCCCAAGACCCAGCAGUGUCUUCAUCCAUCCACCCCCCAAGACCCAGCGAGUGUCCUUCAUCCAUCCCCCAAGACCCAGCAGUGUCCUUCAUCCAUCCACCCCCAAGACCCAGCGAGUGUCCUUCAUCCAUCCCCCCAAGACCCAGCAAGUGUCCUUCAUCCAUCCAUCCCCCCAAGACCCAGCGAGUGUCCUUCAUCCAUCCACCCCCCAAGACCCAGCAGUGUCCUUCAUCAUCCACCCCCAAGACCCAGCAGUGUCCUUCAUCCAUCCACCCCCAAGACCCAGCGAGUGUCCUUCAUCCAUCCCCCCCAAGACCCAGCGAGUGUCCUUCAUCCAUCCACCCCCAAGACCCAGCGAGUGUCCUUCACCUCCACCCCCAGACCCAGCGAGUGUCCUUCAUCCCCCCCCAAGCCCCAGCGAGUGUCCCUUCACCCCCCUCCCCCACACGGCGCCUAA